AUGGAAUCCUUGAUAACUCUAAUGGCUGAAAAUACAGCUGUGAAACAAGUACCCUAUUCACUUGUCAGCUCAAAAAGCGUUGCAUAUAUAUCCCUACGUGGACUUGAAGGAUUGUCAGAUAAUAUUUUUACUCCUAUCAUUCGAACUUGGUUGUCACCAACAAUGAAUCCCCAAUCUUAUAUCAGUCCCUGUUACAUGGGUAUGGAGAAUAUUAAUUGGAGCGAUCUUACGCCAUUGCUUGGUGGGCUUGCAAAUAUUCGAAGUGUUUUGGUUCAAUGUCACACAGAGUUUCAACUAUCUAAGCAAGUAAAAACAAUUCUUUUCCACCACGAUGUAGAUUCUACAGAGUCAAGAAUUUCAAAGCAUCAGUUGAGGUUUUCUUUGAUUGGUGUUGGAAGUUACGAUGAAUUCUUCAACACUCUCAACGAUAGAGUUUCCGAGGGAUUGGAAAACAGCGAGUCUUGUGAUGUUUCUCUUCCAGGUGACAACCAUCCUUACUGGUUUUGCCAUAUGGGUGAGGGAAAUUCUGUUUCUUUUACUGUGCCUCAAGAUUGUGACUUGAAGGGAAUGACUUUGUGUGUUGUUUAUUUAUCAACCCCUGAAAUCGUGGCAACCGAAUGUUUUAGAAGUAUCGUAAUUGCUAAUUACACAAAGUGUACAUUACAGAUACACAAGCAUGGCUCAGUAAUUUCAUUUAAUGGUAAAGACUGGGAGGAAAUCAUAUCAAAUUUAGGAUCAGGAGAUAAGGUGGAGAUUUUUGUGACUUUUGAUCAUGAAUUGGUGGUCAAGAACACGGUGGUCUAUCUUAUGUAUGGUGAUUCCAAUGGCUUGGAAAUGGGGCCUCGCCCUGAGCCAAAGGAAAAUCCUCUGAAUAAAAUGGUAAUGUGUGACUUCUGCAAGUUAUGGUUCUUCAUUGGGAACAGAUGA